CUCUCUAUUCCCCAUUUAAUCAUCUCCUGUCUGUGUUUCAUGACCACGAAGCCCUAAUUCCCAAACUCCAUAUCCACACCUUCCUUUGCAAGAAUUUGUACAGCUUUGCAUGCAUUUAUCACUCGCACUCAAUUCCAGGAAGGAUUUUUUCAUUCACAUUUCUUCCAUGGAAAUCUCCAAAUCAGACAAGAACGAUGACGAAGACAGCCGCUACAUCGACGCUCCCGAUGAAUUCCCUUUCUAUGAUGCAAUCGAAUCAUCUUCAUUGUCCGACUUCCGAAUCGGCGAAUCCCCAGCCGACGUUAUAACAAAUGUCAAAGCUUUACCUGAUUUCCAUUCUUCCUCUGGCCUCCGACGCCGGCGAUCAAUCUCUGGCUCUGACCCAGAAACCGGCUGGGUGGACGAUGUUGAUGCUCCUACAGCUGAGACAAGGUACGAUUCUUCUGAGAAUUUGAACAAAAACGAUCAAGAUUGUGAAAUAUCUGAUUCCUUAGGCGAGGAUAGAGGGAAUUUAAGUUCCACAGGAGAAAAUAUUGAGAAUCGAAGUUUAGAAGAGACUUCGAUGUCUGCAUCAACAAAUGAUGCAGAAGUAAUUGAACAAGUAGGUUCCAUGGUUGUUGCUGAAAGACAACAUAUAAUACUGCGCAAAUUGAAGGAAAAGUUGUCUGAAAAUGGAACAUCAGAUUCUCUAGAGUUUCCUGAGGAUAUCAAUUAUGAUGUGGAGAGUUCAAAUAUAACCACAGAAAAAGAUGAAUACAUACCAGUUGAUUUCAAACCUGAAGAAGUAGUAGACAGUUCGUCGCAGUCUUCUACAAAUCUGCUGAUGUUCUUAGCUGAUCUAAUGAUAAAAGCAAUCGCGAUUCAGGUCAAUUUGUUGGUUAGCUUCUUUACAUUCCCGUUGUGGCUGUUAUACUCCUCGUAUGUGUUUGCAACUGAUCCUUUUGGAUUUAUGAGGAAUGUUAAAGGGUAUUUUCUAGGCAAAUUAACUAGGUUUUCAGGCUUUGCAUACGAUAGCACUGUAUCAUUCACCCUUGAAUGGAUUAAGGAACGAAAGUCCCUAUUGACAUUGGUUUUGAGGGCCAGUUGGGGGUUCAUGUGGGCGGCUUAUGUGUGUUUUGUUCUCAUCAGUUUGAUGUUCUCUGCAUUUGUUGUUAGUGGUAUGAUAACGAGUCAUUUGAUUGAGGAGCCUAUUCAAAUGAAAGAAACGCUAACUUUUGAUUAUACCAAGAAUAGCCCCGUUGCUUGGGUACCUCUCCUAAGUUGUCCAGAAGAUUCAAAUAGGCUAGAUUUAGGAGAAACUAUGCCAGUUAAGAAACUCAAACCGGCAAGGAUCAUACCUCCUAAUCACAAGUUGCAGGCAACUGUCUCAUUGACACUACCAGAGUCGGAUUACAAUAGAAAUCUUGGCAUAUUCCAGGUAAGAACAGACUUCCUAUCGUCUAAUGGCGAACCUCUGGCCACUUCUCGUCAACCGUGUAUGUUGCAAUACAAAAGUCAGCCGAUACGCCUAUUAUCAACUUCCCUUAAAGUGGUUCCUCUCCUAACCGGCUACUCUGCUGAAGCUCAAACACUUGAAGUGAAAUUCAAGGGCUUUACAGAAGGUGAAUAUACGCCAACCACUUGUAUAAAAAUAACCAUAGAACAGAGAGCAGAGUUUCGUCCCGGUUCUGGGGUUCCUGAGAUAUACGAAGCAUCUAUAUCCGUUGGAUCAGAACUUCCCUUGCCCAAGAGGAUCGUGUGGUAUUGGAGAAAGACGAUAUUCGUAUGGAUUGCGAUGAUGAUGUUUGGAAUGGAGCUGCUUUUCGCACUUGUUUGUUGUAGAUCAAUCGUUAUGCCCAAAGUGAGUACGGCUAGGUUUGGGUCGGUUAUGAGUGUUCAAUCGGUUUCGAGUGGGUGAGAAUUUUACGGUUAUUUUGACAGUUAUAAAGUAAUAAUAUAAAUGUUUUCAAUGUUGUUGUAAUUAAGUAAGUCAUAUGAUGGAUUGAUGCUUGUUUCAUUUCCAUUUUCCACACUGCAAAGUAGUAAUGAAGACAACUUUGUAUA